AUGAGCUCUAAGUGUGAAAUAUGUGGUCUAGAGGAUUUCAAAUACAAGUGUCCCAAGUGUUUUAGAAAGACAUGUAGUUUGGCAUGUUCUAAGAAACAUAAGGCUGAUUUUGCAUGCGAUGGUGAGAGAACUAACUCUGUGGAUUAUAUUUCAAAUGAUACUUUUAAGAAGCAUGAUGACCUAGAGAAUGGUUUAAAUCACUUGGUUCAAAGAGAUUAUAAUUUUUUAACUAAUUUCAAGAGGAAAUAUGAGGUCAAUAAGAAAGAUUCUCUUUCAAAAGUAAAAGGAAUUCUUUACGGAGGAAAUACUGCCAAUAAAAGAUUCAAAAAUAAUUCUAGAGAUAAUAGAGGCCUAUCGGGGCCCUACAAUCCUACGGUGAAUGGAGAAAAUACAGAAUUAGAUGAAAUGGUAUGCAAAGUCAUAAGCAGAAGAGGUGUCAAUUGUUUGGUAUUACCUAAUGGUAUGCAGCGUUCAUUGCAAAACAAAAGUAAAUGGGACAAACCUCUGGAUUGUUUUGUCUGGACCAUUGAAGUGAUAUUACUGUAUUCCCAGCCAGAUGCAAAUGGCAAUAAAAAGUUUGUUCAUGUUACUCAUCGUAUGAAGGAAACAAAUACUGUGGCAGAGUCGAUCGGUAAAAUUAUAUAUUCGAAAUGUUUGGAAAAUUUUAAUAUUGAACCUAAACCACCCUCGUUGGAAAAUGCAAAGGAUGACAUCUCUAAAGGAGAUAGAACAGAAGCAAUGGCAAAUUUACCUCUACAUUUUCUUACCAAAUGGUUUCCUCGAAAUUACAACAAACAAUAUGACUCUAAACAAUUAAUCGAAAUUCCAAGUUCAGGACUCUGCAUAGGCGAAAUAUUUAAGAAUAAGACUGUAAUUGAAUUUCCAACUAUAUAUAUUACAGAUUCUUUAAAGAAUGUUGAGUCCUUUGGCUACACUAUUGUAAAGAAAGAAGAGCCACAGAUAUUACCACAACUACACGAAGAAGUUGACAGUAACACUGACGCACCUGACGAAAUAUCGUCUAAAAUUCAAAUACCUGCAUAUGAGAAAGUGGUUAGUGGAUAUGAUGAUAUUCCUGUGGAUACCUCGAUUGUUAAUGAUGUCGAAGUCACGGUGAACGCCAAUAAUUGCAGUGACAGCGACAGUGAUGAUUAUGAUCCAGGUGUCACAUUAGACUUCUUAUAA